AUGGGAACGGGGUCUUUUAACCCCCGACCCAUUAAAGUAUUCUUCCAGGGAACUAAUAAGACCAAUGAUGUUUCCAGCAACGAAGACCAUUGUAGAUACGUCCAGCAUCCAGGAAUUUUGGAAACUCAGAAGCAAUGGAAUUGUUCUAUAAUGAAUCUAAUAGAAGCAAUAUUUCCAGAAGUUGGGGUAAGGGGACUUUUAACUCCUUACCCCAGAAGAAGGUAUUCUUCCAGGGAAUCUAAUAAGACCAAUGAUAUUUCCAGCAGCCAGGGGGUUGAUGGGCGGACCUCUGGAACCUCUACUGCAUUUCUACCUACCUCCACCACCACCACCACCACCUCCCCCAUUCACCCCUCCCGUCUACCCCCCUGUCGUUCUGAGAGUGAACAGCUGCUCGCUAGGCUCAGGUCCCAGAAUCCGCUGGGGCGGUCGGACGGCCGGUGCGGGUCGAACUUCCCCCUGGCCAGCAAGGCGCCGUCGGAGUGCGACCCCGACAGUGACCGUCCCUGCUGCAGCGACUACGGGUACUGCGGCAACUCGCUCUCCCACUGCACCUGCCCCGACUGCGUCGACUUCAGGAGCGUCAUACGCGAACCCAGCUGCUACUACUCCUUCGAGAACGAGGCGGGCUUCCUGGAAUCGCCCAAUUUCCCUAACCAGUAUCCUCCAGGUCGAGACUGCUGCUACGAUAUAGCCAGGCCUUCUCGCAGGCACUGCGGCGUCAAGCUGACAGUAAUCUCCCUGGACGUAGGAAGAGGAGAGGAAGAAGGCUAUUGCCAAAGGGACUGGUUGACGCUUCCCUCCUGCGUGCCCGAGACGGGCACGAGGAUAUGUGGCAACAAUACCGGUCAAGUCUACCAGUACCUGUUUCAACCAGGAGCCUCUUCGAUAAGGUUCGUCUUCCACGCCGGCGAGAGGAACGAGGGGCGUAAAGGAUUCAGAAUAAGAUACGAGCUGCUGACAUCCUGCCCUGGUCCCUACCAGACGCAGAACCCUCCCAUAUCGACUAUCCCAGGGACGUCCCGAGGUCCUGGGCUAGCGGGAGCCCCCUGCUACACUCGCAUCACGGAUGCCAGGGGCACCAUCAAUACCCCGUACCAUCCGAAGAAGUACCCGGAUAAUCUCGACUGCGUUUAUGAGUUUAUCAAGACAAGUCCUGACAUUUGUGGAAUCAGGAUGGCGACGGUGACCUUUGACAUGGACCACCCUCUUAUGACGGUAUUCGGAGGGGCAUGUACGGAUUUCCUUCACCUGCCAUCUUGCGGAUUCCUCUGCGGAAAAAUAAACUUCUCUUGGGUGGUCGCCUUCCAGCCAGGAGCGACGAGCCUGAAGUUCCAUUUCCACUCGGACGAGUCCCAAACCUUCCUGGGAUUCCUCAUCAACUUCGAGCAAGUGACGGAUUGUUGACACCUCCUCCAGAAGCAGAGUGGCACUCACGUCAACUUCAGUUACCGAAUUAACGUUUUUUUUUUAAUGGAUGCAGUGGCCUUUUUUUUUUUUUUUUUUUUUUUUUUUUUUUUUUUUUUUUUUUGUUUUUUUUUUUUUUUUUUUUUUUUUUUUUUUUUUUUUUUUUUUUUUCUUUUUUUUUUUUUUUUUUAUACACAAGACUUUCCAAACUUAUUUUUGGAGGCUCUCCUACCGGGCAUCUGAGGAACUGGGCCCUUGGUGGAAAUAGAAGAUUACUCCUUCGUGCAUUAGAGUUGUGAAGAGAAUGGAACUCAUAUCAUUAGCUUUGAAAAUAUACUUUAUCGCUGAAGAAACUUUUGGUAAAGUUGAAAAUGUCUUCAUAUAUAUACCCUGAGGUAUCAUACCAGUGCCUUUUGGAGUUUAUGACACAUGCGCAUACAUGUACACCCAUGGUCACACAUAUGUGUAAGCAUGUAUGUGCGAAAGAGAGAAACUGUGCACAAAUCUGCUUACUCGUGUACAGAAAUUUACUCGUAUAAGCAAUACUUACGAACAUACAGUAUAAUGUGAAUUAGCAGGACGCAAGUUUAGCUUAAAGCAAAGAGCGUUUUACCUUGAUUGUUUGGGCAUUUGACGUGCAAGGGAAAAAGCGUUAGGUUAUCCUUGGUACUCCAGACAACUUACAAUUAAUCCUCUGUAUUUUUUGUAAGUGUUGGUCUCACUCAUUUCCACUGACAAGUCUGGACCUCUACGUCUUAGGAACUUACAAAAGUAUUCUCCUGCAUAUCAUUGUCUUGAAGGUGAUUUUUUUUUCUUUUUUGGCUUGAAAUCGCAAAUGCAUUAAUUUACCCAAAACAACUGUAGGAUUCGCCUGUUUCCUUUAUAAGUUUGCUGCUUAAGGGAAACAAAUGUGUAGAUCUAGACUCGAAUGUUGCUUACAUGCAACCUGAAAAACAAGGGUUUAUCUUCGUAGCAGACUCUUACUGUGCACGGAAUAAGGAAGGUAUUAGAUUCGGAUAAGGAAAAACAAAAACUAUUUGUGAACAUUGUAUACCGUAAUCUAGUGGAUAUUGAAAAGUUAGAUUUAUAAGACUUUGGACCCUCGUGACUCGGUGUGUGGACUGCUUAUAGUCGUCACCAAGUCCAAUCUAAGGCUUGUUUUUAAAGUCCAACUAGCCCCGUGACAAAGUUGCAAUUCAUGGGGGAACCUGUCACCCGCAGACUACUUACCAGUGUCAGUAUCUCUUGGCAAAAACCAGUAUAAGUUUUCUAGUAAUCAAAGAAUAUAAAGAUAACAGUGCCUACCUGUUGAUUCAAAAGCAGUUAACCUUUGAUAAGAACACGACUAUCGUACCAUUUGUUGUUUCCUUGAUAACUGCCAAGAUCUACCUGCCUACAGUCAAAACAUUGUCCUUCUAGUGAUAAGAAGCCGCCUGCUGCUGCGGAAUGGAGCUACGGACUUCAGCGUUCAAAGGAGAGAUAAAAUACUCAAGGUAAUGUCAUUCUGAUCUCGGAACUUUACCGUAGAUCGUUCCACGGUAAUUCUAGGCAACAACUCCGCACAGACUGCAAGGAACGUUCCCGCGAAUACGACAGCCUGGGUCACCAAUUGUAUUUCGCCGUGUUUAGUACUAUAGUGGAUUCACAUCAGCCGUGCAUUUGACGUCUAGGCCAGUCCCUUACGACGCUCCUGAUUGGCUGUUGAUAAGCCAAUGACAGGGCUGGAAACUCUCAGUCUCUCGCGAGAGUUCACAUAGGCAGGAUGUAUGUGCCAUCUCUCCUGAGGUAUACGUCUUUCAGGAGAGGUGGAACAUACAUCCUGCCUAUGUGAACUCUCGAGAAGGACUGAGAGUUUCCUACCCUGUGAUUGGCUUAUCAACAGCCAAUCAGGAGCGUCGUAAGGGAAGGACCUUGACAUCAAAUGCACGGUUGAUGUGAAUCUACUAUAGCCCCUGGGGGUUAAUUACAGUCGACCCCCCAAAAAAUAACUGUAAAUUCUUAAUAAGCAGCCCAAAUACUAUAUGAAACCAAUUUCCAAAGAAAUACCUGACGCGGAGUUAUUACCUAGAUCUACCCGUUCGGUUAACUAUGGUUGUGAAAGAAUGUUAUCGGGUUAUAGAAGAAAGUCUUCUAGAUUUCUGGCAUGUCUUUGUAGAGUGUGUACGUUAUGCCUUGGUCUGUCAGAUUUGAAGUUCAGUGUCAGUGAAUCAUCAGUCGAGGUGAAGUUCCUUAACCGUAUUGCCUCUGUGAAUGUAGGCUUACUUUGUAUUCUGCCUAUUCUACUUACAAAGUUAAAAGCAAUUUAAGUUAAACUACAUCUGCAGUCUUCCUUUUCAAUCUAAACAUUCAGUUUGCAGUCAUGAAAUAUACUGAAGCGAUCCAAAUAUGUAAACUAAUGUAAAUAGUUUUAGUGGUAUAUAAAUUGUUAAUAUAGUUUUACAUAGGGACAUAGGUCUAUUUCAUCUACUAAUUAGAGUACUUCAGAAUCUCCAUCGUCAAGCCAUCAACACAUAAUUAGAGUAUGCUUAAACCACUGACCAUUUUUUUAUAAAUAAUUUAAGGCGAUAUCACCUAAAAAUUUUAUUUCGAAACUGAAUUAGCUGGCAUCAAGUGUAUCAGGAGCAGUUCGUAAGAUUUCACGGAAUUAAAUUUUUUAUAUGUAUGACAAACGAUAGUUACGUACCUAGCUUAACUGAAAUUACAUAAAAUCGAUUUUGCCAAUAACCUGCGGUAGUGUAUUUCAUAGUAUGUCAAGCAACACAUAUCCAGAAAUCACUGACAUAAAUGUAACCGAUGUAACAUGAAGGAUUAUUUAAUAAUGGUUUGUAACAAGCUGGUAUUUUCGAAUGAAAAUCUUACAAGGUACCGUAAGCUUUACUGGACUACCUUUCAUUAUUACCAAUACUAUAAAUUAGUUGAGUUUAUCAGAAGGUAGAUUGUGCGAGAUAUGUAAAUUUUGCUAAGUUAUGGCACAUGUCAAUGGUAGACCCUUUUCCAGUGGUGUCUCGGAUGUAGAUUCGUGAUUUCGAAAAAACAUUUUCCAUUGAGAAACCGUAAGUUUGAAAUGCACAGUUACAGUAGCAGGUAUUUCGUUUUGGUUAACUUCACGAAAUGUUUAUACUUUGUUCUGUGUCGUAUCCAUAAAGUGUUUAGGUUUUAGGACCCAUUUUCUCUUGAGAUGAUUUCAUAACAAGAAACUUAUUCUUUAUUUACCCGCGAACUUGAAAUGUUUCACUGUAUUAUUUCCCUUUGCACCUGUUUUUCCUUAUUACUGUACUCGUAUUUUUUAACUAGCAUUUGUUACUGACAAUAGUUUAGACCUUAGAUCAUGGAAUAAUAAUAUGAAAGUAUUUUAGUGUAUAUUUAAUUUAACUGUGUAAAGAAUAUAUUGUAUUUUUUUAAUCGUGCAUGUGUUAUACUCUUGCUCUUGGAGUGCUAAGUAUUUUCUGUAUAUAGAAAGACUUGCAUUUUCUGAAAUGCUAACUUUUUAAAUAGUAAUGUAUAAAAGAUAAGAAUUAUUACCAUAUAAAGUAAGUCGUUUUCUAUGUUAUUUCGUAAACUGUCUAGGAGAAUUCCCACGAAAUUAAUACCUGUACUUAAAUAUAAAUAUUCUUAAAGAUUAAUUAUAAGAACCUGUCCAUUCCUUCUUACCCCAGAUGACAACGGAGCAGGGUUGUGAUGAGAUAAUCUUACGUGUGACUAGCAUAAUUUUCUAUCAAUGGGUUAUCAUUGAUUAUUUUAGUCAAACUGAGCUUUUUUUAACGGCUUGAUCACCGUAGGAAAUGAAAGUGUUGCUUGAAGAUAAAAGUGGAAUACGUAGUCCUAUGAGAGUGGUUAACAUUUUUGAAGAGUUCAGGAUGGAAUGAAAUAUCUACGACUGAAGAUUGCCUAAUGAGCAAUGAUGGUAGAGCGUUGAUAGUUUGAACACGUAUAUACUUAAUCUAUUUGGCUUCUGAGAGACCUUGAGACCAUUUCUGUUAUUCAGAUCUUGAGUGAAAGUAUGAUGAUUUUGUUUUUUAAAUCUUUUGUAAUUGCUAAUAUUUGUUUUCAAAAGAAUGUUCUAACAUAUAUGAUGUGUGUGUGUGUGUAUGUGCAGCUCUAUUAUAAACUGUUACUGUUAGCCAGUCUGAACACUUUACUAACCAACCAUAUCUUCUCGCUCAGAUCCUUUCAAAGGGCCACUGACACUACUGAACAUGAUUUCGUUUUGGUGUAGUUUUAGACUGGAUAUUAUCAGCAUCCUGGCUUCCAUGUUACCGCAGGUUAGUGUUCGAUUGUUGGAAGCAUUCCGAAUUGGAGAAUGGUAUUAGAUUCCAUUACACGAAACCUUCAAUCUUGAGGGAACAAGGGGAUAGUGUUUGUGAGAUUUCAUGCAGAGUACUACUACUCAAGAAAACAACUUUAGGACGACUUUAAUUUAGCCCUAUAUAUCCUCAUUGAUUUUGUUGUUGCAGUGUCCUAAAUUACUUUAUAGAUAGCAGUUUUUGCUUCUACUGUAACCAGGAGCUUUGAGUAUCUUAACACCAAAGUUUCUCAUCCUAGUUGUAUUGCUAAAGGUACAAACAUUAGCUCCAUUAACGAGGAAAUAUCUCAAUGAUCAUUGUUGACAUUGAAAUUUAGCUCAGAUUCCAAGCAUUGAACCUCUUAAGGGUAAAGUAUAUUCAUAAUGUCAGUGGCCAUUUAAGGAUUGACUUUGCUAAGAUAUGAAUGAAAAGACAUCGGACUAACUUAUAAAAUAAUUUCAUAGAGUAGGUUUUGAUUAUUCCGUGGUAGCCAUAUGACAUUGCAUAGCUUGUAGUACACAGGAAAGAAUACCAAUAGAAUUUUCUCGCUAAUGACUUGAAGAAUAAAGAAAUCUAUGAUUCACCUUAUUGAUUAAGAUGCAGAUAUGCAUUUGUGGUAUUUCAGUGCAAUGAAUGAAAGUGAUGGAAAUAUAGCUUCCAUUAUUUUAACGCACCUUGAUCAUUCUCAAAGGAUUUGAGGAUAAAUACGAAUAAUGAUAGAAAGCCAAGGAGACUCCAUUCCCCAAAGAAUUAUCUUAGUCGUUGUAUGGGUAAACCUGGUGGCAUAUUCCCGAACUGUAAUAGACUAACCUAACCUAACCUAGGGGCGUAGCAAAAACACCUGGAGUUUGUGUAAAACCAGGAUACAUCUCGGGAAUUUGCAACCCGGUGAUAAUUUGUGCAUUUACUGUUAUCACUACAGAGAAUAACAAGGCAAUUGCAUGUUAGGCUCUACGAAUAAAACACCCUUACUACUUCAAUUAAGUACUGAGUCAUAAGAUAUGAUUUUAAUGUAAGAUCCCAAUGAUGUAAGCAGCUUUAUAUCAAUGAAAAGUGCCUAAAAAUGAUGUGAAUCUCUUUUGCAUUCCCUUUCAUGUUUCACUGUAAAGGAAUAAUAAAGUGAAACACUUUAUUGAUACAAUCGUUUUGUAGUAAAUAAAUUGCAGUUUUAUAUCCAUGCUAUGGUUUGUUAUAUGGCAAUUGAACGUUUGAUUUUCUAUCUAAAUAGAUAUAAAAUUUUACAACUUU